GCUAAUGUUCCUCUGCAGUGGAUGGGAUGUCCCGUUAGCUGCAGAGAGAACACUGCAGUCAGCGAUUCCGCCUGGGCUGGCUGGCUGUCUGUGUCAACCUGCAGAAAGACUCACCCCAAUCUCCGACUCUGUAAUGCUUCUCAGUUUAUAGCCUAGCUCUACAUGAACCUACUGGCCAAGUCUUUUAGCAUGUUGUUUUGACAGCAGAGCAGACGUUUUUCUACGUUGGGAAGUUUUCAGAGAGAGCUCCACGUUUCAAUCACGUGUCAGUCCCUGUGGAGGGCGGCUUUGGUUCACGCGACCUCUCUCACUUCAUCGCCAAUGUGCUGUUGACUGUUGAGGUGCUGGAGUUUGAGUCGCAACUCCGAGGACGGAAUUCACACGCUUAACUCAACUUAUUAUGGCGCCUUCACCCGCAGUGCCAUCAAGUGAACGGGUCCUGUUCUGUAGAAUUAUAUGCAAAGGAAACUUCUCCAAGUAGCCCUCAUUUCAAGUGCACUAUCAAAAGGAUGGAUCGCGCACCUCAAGUGUAGGAAUCUCCAUCUCCUCGGGCGCAGAACACCACCUUUGUUUACUGAAGUUCCUAUGUAAAAUCAACAGGGAAAUUGGUUAGAAUCUGAUUGAAAAUUAAGGUUAACCUUGAGACAGCUGUAGAUUUAUCUCCCUAUCCACACACCAGAGGAAGACGCUACAAUACACAGUAGACACUUUUCAAUUCUCUGCUGCUGCUUCACAGUCCACCUUUCACCAUGCUAUCUAAAGAGCACAACAGCGAGCCCAAGGCUGCCAAGGUUAACCUGUUCAGUAGAAGUAAUACCUGUAUGAAGACUGAGGAUGAGAAGAAAGAGAAGGAGAUCCAAUAUGAAGACCCCCCGGAUGGUGGCUGGGGCUGGAUGGUCGUACUUCACUGCUUCCUGGUGAAUGUGCUGGUGAUGGGGACCCUAAAAAGCUUUGGGAUCUUCUUCGUGGCGUUCCAGGAUGAGUUCGGAGGGUCAGCAGAGAGUAUCAGCUGGAUCGGCUCCAUCAUGUCUAGCCUGCGGCUCUCAGGAGGUCCCCUGGCCUCUGUAGCUUGUGCGAAGCUGGGUAACAGAGUGACCUCUAUAGCCGGGGCUGUGCUGGUCAGUGUUGGCUUCCUCAUGAGUAUCUUUGCCACCAGCGUGGUAUUCCUCUAUAUCAGCAUGGGGCUGAUUGUAGGCCUUGGUUUUGCGCUCCUGUACCAAGCCACCUCAGUUGUCACGGCAACAUAUUUCCGUAAGAGGUUAGCGACGGCAUACUCCAUCGGAAGGUCUGGGAUGGGCUUGACCUUCGCCCUUGCCCCCUUCACUCAGCUGCUGCUGGAAAAGUACGCCUGGCAAGGAGCUCUGCUGAUCCUGGGAGGCCUGAUGUUGAACCUGGUGGCCUCUGGGAUGCUGCUAAGACCCAUCCACGUGAAGCCUGCACCACCCCCUUCCUUAUCCUCAUCUUCAUCCAUCCAAAAAAGCCCUCUGAUAGGUCCAGAGAAGGAGAAGGACCGCCCUCAGAAUGGAUGCUGCCUUAACGGAUCCACGCCGUUAACCAAUGGCAUCGCCAAAUCAGACUCUUCCCGUUCCAUUCCUCCACCCCUCCACUGGGACGCUGAGACCCAAGAGAAGGCCAUGACCCCUGGGCUGGGUCAGAGCAACCACGGCCACCCACCUCCACCAAACCCUGAACUGACCAAACGUGUCCAGAACAGGCAGGUGAACGGGAACGUUCAGGAGCAGUCCCCCACCACGUCACUCACAGACACCUCCAGUCCUGUGGAACAGAACGGUACCAUUAGCAUAAACGGUUCCGCUGUGGUUGGGUUCUCCUCGCCGAACAGCACCACCACCGUGGAUGACCCCAUCCCACCAUUCGUGAAAAACCGAGUCCUGGACUUCUCCCUGUUAAAGAACCCCUUCUUCUGCAUAUAUACCUGGUCCCUGGUGUUUAGCCAGCUGGCUUACUUCAUCCCCUACUUCCACCUGUCUGCCCGGGCAAGGAACCUGGGCAUCGACGCCAUGGACGCUUCCUUCAUCAUCUCUGUGGCAGGUAUCACAGAGACUAUAGCCCAGCUAGGCUCUGGUUGGCUAGCGGAUAAAAACCUGUUCCAUAAGUACCACUACCACAAGGCCUACCUGAUCCUGUGUGGAGUGGUCAACCUGUUUGCCCCGCUGGCUAACACCUACAUCCUGCUCAUGGUCUACGCUGUUUUCUUUGCCAUCUUCUGCGGUGGUUACAUGGCACUGUUACUGCCUGUCCUGGUGGACCUGGUAGGACAAGAAAAACUCAACAACUCCAUGGGAUUCUCUAUGUUCUUCGUAGGCCUCGGCUGUCUGACAGGACCUCCUCUCGCAGGUUUCCUGUAUGACUACACCCAGACCUAUGACUGCUCCUUCUACCUGGCGGGGGGGUGUUAUCUGCUGUCCUCUGUGUCUCUCUUCCUGGAGCCAGUGGCGAGGAGGUGGCAGAGCAGGAGGAAGAGACGCGAGGCCCGGAACGCAGACACCAGCUGGAAAACCAACGGCUGCUUCUGCCCCAAACCAGAGCUUCCUGUCCUGAAGAACAACAACGGCGUUGUCUAGAUGGUGGUUUCACCACAGCUUUCACAUUUGGUUCCUUGGAAGUUCUGAGAAUAUUGUAUGCAAAAUAACCAUAGGGCAAUCACCAUGCCUUAACAAUCACUACGGUCCUUAGAACGUUUUGAUCUAGCUGGGACAUUAUCGCACUCCCUAAGUCUACUUCAUCAAGCCUGGAAUCAAGGCUAUCUAGAUGGAGGGAGGGCAGGGUUGGCUUCCUGCUCUUAAUAAAUGCUAGACGCUUGACGAUUAUCCAAAGUGACUUACAGUACAGUGAGUACAGACAUUAUUAGUAUUUGGGAUCCCAGCGGGAAUCGAACCCGUGACCUUGCUAGAGCCAUUGCUCUUAUUAACUGAGCCACACAGAAUUGUGUAGAGGGAAGAAGGGCAGAGUUGGCUGCUUCCACCCUUUCUCUCACUCUCCUUAAUAAAACAAGCAUGGACCUCCAUGUGCCGACUGUGCCAGUUGGACCUCCAUGUGCCGACUGUGCCAGCUGGACCUAAGUUACCCAGCUUUUGGAUGGGCUGAAAUGACCGUGCUCCUUUGGAGAAAGCCAAGGAAUACCCAACUGACUGACUGGCAGGAUGGCUGGCUUGCUGACUGACUGGCAGGAUGGCUGGCUUGCUGACUGACUGGCUAGCUGACUGAUGGACUGGAUGACUGGCUAGCUGACUGAUGGACUGGAUGACUGGCUAGUUGACUGACGGACUGGAUGACUGGCUAGCUGACUGACUGGCUGGAUGACUGGC